AUGUCGUUAAACAGCUUCAAGGAGAUUCUCAAACCCUGUCACCAAUCCCAAUCACAAUCUUCUUCUGCUUCUGCUUCUGUUUCUGCAUACUCACAAACUUCGACAACCCUAAACGCUAGAAAACCCCCCAAAUCUUCUCUUUCUCAGCAACUCUUACGCCUCGAAGAUGAUUCUAAUUCCUUCCCCACCUUGCUUUCUACGAAACAAUCGAAAGAAGUUAGUCAACGGAAGCAACAACCUCAUCGGACGGAUGUUGUUGUGGAAAGAGAAUUUGAAGAUGAGGAGGAAGAAUUUAAAGAAGAAGGAAAAGGCAAUGGGUUUCGAAUUGCAAAACCUAAGUUGGAUGCCCCUCAAUUUUUUCAUCCUACUGGACCUUAUGAACCAUUGGUGCUUUCGGGAUCCGGCCACAACCCUGUUGUGCAGGUACCUGCUUCCAUAAAUUGUAGGCUUUUAGAACAUCAAAGAGAAGGAGUGAAGUUUUUGUACAACUUAUACAAGAAGAACCAUGGAGGAAUUCUUGGAGAUGACAUGGGAUUAGGGAAGACUAUCCAAGCAAUUGCAUUUCUUUCUGCCGUAUACGGAAAAGAUGGAGAAUAUGGCGAAACCACAAUUCUGAAGGGGAAUGAAGGAGAUAAGAAGGGUCCUGUGCUAAUUAUCUGCCCUUCUUCUGUUAUACAAAACUGGGAGGCUGAAUUCUAUAAGUGGGCAACAUUCAGCGUUGCUAUAUACCAUGGCACUAACCGUGAUAUGACUUUUGAGAAAAUCGAAGCUCAUGGAGUUGAGAUACUUAUAACCAGUUUUGAUACCUAUAGAAUUCAUGGGAACAUUCUGUCAUCCGUGAGUUGGGAGAUUGUGAUCGUCGACGAGGCACACCGGCUUAAGAAUGAAAAGUCAAAACUUUAUGAGGCUUGUCUGGCCAUUAAAACACGAAAACGCUAUGGUCUGACAGGAACCGUAAUGCAAAACAAAAUUAUGGAAUUGUUUAACCUUUUUGACUGGGUUGUACCUGGAGGCUUGGGGACACGUGAACAUUUUCGGGAUUAUUAUGACGAGCCAUUAAAGCAUGGCCAGAGAUCAAGUGCACCUGAAAGAUUUGUCCAGGUUGCUCAAGAGCGUAAAAAGCACUUGGUGUCGGUUCUGAAUAAAUUUCUAUUAAGACGAACCAAAGAGGAGACAAUUGGACAUCUUAUGAAGGGUAAGGAAGAUAAUGUUAUAUUUUGUGCUAUGAGUGAGGUGCAAAAGCGAGUUUAUAGGAGGAUGCUACAACUACCUGACAUCCAAUGUCUUAUUGAUAAGGACCUACCUUGUAGCUGUGGGAGCCCUCUAAAGCAAGUGGAAUGUUGUAAAAGAACUGUUCCGAAUGGUGUUAUCUGGCCCUACCUUCACAAAGAUAAUCCAGAUGGUUGUGACUCCUGCCCCUUUUGUCUUGUUCUCCCUUGUCUCACCAAGCUCCAACAGAUAAGCAAUCAUUUGGAGCUCAUCAAACCUAAUCCCAGGGAUGACUCAGAUAAACAGAGGAAAGAUAAGGAUUUUGCCUCAGCUGUCUUUGGUACUGAUAUCGAUCUGGUGGGAGGGUAUACCCAAAAUGAGAGUUUUAUGGGUCUAAGUGAUGUUCAACAUUGUGGGAAGAUGAGGGCUUUAGAAAAUUUGAUGUCAUCUUGGAUUUUAGAGGGGGAUAAGAUUCUUCUCUUUAGUUUCUCUGUCAGGAUGCUUGAUAUACUGGAAAAGUUUCAUAUAAGGAAAGGAUACAGCUUUUCAAGGCUUGAUGGGUCUACCCCUACAAGCCUGCGCCAAUCUCUUGUUGAUGACUUCAAUUCAAGUCCAAGCAAACAGGUUUUCCUUAUAUCAACCCGUGCUGGUGGGCUUGGCUUGAAUCUUGUCAGUGCCAAUCGUGUGGUUAUAUUUGACCCGAAUUGGAAUCCCGCUCAUGAUUUGCAGGCGCAGGAUCGGUCAUUUCGAUUUGGACAGAAGCGUCAUGUUGUGGUUUUCAGGCUUCUAGCAGCUGGUUCUCUUGAAGAACUUGUUUACACGCGUCAGGUAUACAAACAGCAGCUUGCGAAUAUUGCUGUUUCUGGGAAACUGGAAAAACGUUAUUUCGAAGGUGUCCAGGAUUGCAAGGAGUUCCAAGGGGAGCUUUUUGGGAUCAGCAAUUUAUUUCGUGAUUUAUCUGACAAACUUUUCACGAGUGAGAUCAUUGAGCCACAUGAUAAACAAGGAACAGAACAAGAACGUAUUUCUGGUGAAAAGCAAAGUUUGCCCGAUUUUGGGAUGUGUUUUCUACCUCAACAAGCAAGAGAAACAUUUUCUUUGGAUUCUGAAAGCAGCAAGCCUUUUGAUGACAAGAGCAGUAAAAGAAUUGUCCCAGUCAACGGCGAGUUGGGUAUUGUUUAUGCUCAUCGUAACGAGGAUAUCAUCAGCCAUGGCCGUGAAUGUGAUGCCAAGCAAGAGGUCACCACAUCUACCUUAAUCCAACCAUGCUUCCCUCAAAAACCAACCGUGCUUAGUGAAAAGGGAAACGGUUCAUUGAGAACCCACAAAAUGAAGCAGUACCGGAUGGUUGCCAAGUUUAUGGGCAUGGAAGUAGUCGAGUUUAGCAAGUGGGUUCUAUCUGCAAGUGUUUUGGAGAGAAAACGAGUAUUGCGAGACUACAAAAGGAGAAACUACUUGCGCUGUGGUCGAGUAUAACCAUAAUAUGUAGAUAAGAUGAGGUCUGUUUAUAGUUUUGUUCUUUGUGGAUAUAACAUAGUCAGUGGUUGUUUGGAAGGAUCACAAUUGUCUCGUUAACCUACCAUCAUAACCAUCCGUCAGUGGUUUAAGUUAGUUUGUGAAGAUAAGGGUUGUGGUGUAGUGGUUGAGAUUCCGACGCGGUGGAAUAUCUCAUCUGCUCAUGGUUUGAUUCCAGGCGUAUACAACAAUUGUGGCCAAUGAGUUCAUCAGGGUUGAUUUCUUGCGGUCACAAUUUGCCGGGAUUAGUCCAAGUAUAGUCUUAGGACAACCUUCCAAAAAAUCUAAAGAGUAGAUGCCACCCUCUGGUGCCACGAUUAUUACAAGAGAUGUAAAUCAGUGCAUAAAUCCCAUUGGCAAGAGGAGCAGAACCGAGGUUCGAAUCCGGGACCUCACUCAUAUGGAUAACGACUACACUCUACUCCUGAGAGAGAUUAUCGUCACUUUAUUGUAAACAAUUUGUAUAAUUAAAAACUAUUUUUUUU